CUCCCUCUCCUGCUCCCUCCUCCCGCCCGCCUCCCCAGCUGUCCGCUCCGCGUCAUGCCGAGCCUCCCGGCCCCGCCGGCCCCGCGGCUGCUCCUCGGGCUGCUGCUCCUCGGCUCACGGCCGGCCGGUGGCACUGGUCCCGAGCCCCCCGCGCUGCCCAUCCGUCCCGAGAAGGAGCCGCUGCCUGUUCGGGGAGCGGCAGGCUGCUCCUUCGGCGGGAAGGUCUAUGCCUUGGACGAGACGUGGCACCCGGACCUGGGGGAGCCUUUUGGGGUGAUGCGCUGCGUGCUGUGCGCCUGUGAAGCGCCUCAGUGGGCUCGCCGUGGGAGGGGCCCUGGCAGGGUCAGCUGUAAGAACAUCAAACCCCAGUGCCCCACCCUGGCCUGCAGGCAGCCGCGCCAGCUGCCAGGACACUGCUGCCAGACCUGCCCGCAGGAGCGCAGCAAUCUAGAUCGACAGCCCGCUGGCCUAGUCUUCGAGUAUCCAAGGGACCCAGAGCACCGCAGUUAUAGUGAUCGAGGGGAACCCGGCGCUGGGGAGCGGACACGUGCUGAUGGCCACACGGACUUCGUGGCGCUGCUGACAGGACCCCGGUCGCAGGCGGUCGCUCGUGCUCGAGUCUCUCUGCAGCGCUCAAGUCUUCGCUUCUCUAUCUCCUACCAGCGGCUGGACCGCCCCAGCAGGGUUCGGUUCACGGAUCCCACAGGCAACAUCCUGUUUGAACACCCUGCUUCCCCCACCCAGGAUGGCCUGGUUUGUGGGGUGUGGCGGGCAGUGCCUCGGCUGUCUCUGAGGCUCCUGAGGACAGAACAGUUGCACGUGGCCCUUGUGACGCCCACUCACCCUUCAGGAGAAGUCUGGGGGCCUCUCAUUUGGCAAGGUGCUCUGGCUGCAGAGACCUUCAGUGCCAUCCUAACUCUGGAAGGCCCACAGCAUCGGGGUGUGGGGGGCAUAGCCCUGCUCACCCUCAGUGACACAGAAGACUCCUUACAUUUUUUGCUGCUCUUCCGGGGUCUGCUGGGACCCAGGAAUGAAGGACUAUCUCAGAUUCCCCUGAAGCUUCAGAUUCUCCACCAGGGACAGCCACUUCGAGAGCUCCAAGCCAACACCUCGGCACAGGAGCCAGGUUUUGCUGAAGUACUGCCCAGCCUUACAGACCAGGAGAUGGACUGGCUGGUGCUGGGGGAGCUGCAGAUGACCCUAGAGAGGGCAGGUGGUCCAGAGCUACGCAUCAGUGGAUACAUUACUGCCAGGCAGAGCUGUGAUGGUGAGGCAGGGUGGGGCUUGGCGCUGUGGGUACGUGCAAAUCAGAGGCACAAACAUGUAGAUGUGGGAGAGAGUUCCUGGGGGUUCUGGGUGUGGGCAAGCCUGCUGCCCCCUGUCUUGCCCCCUGCAGUCCUUCAAAGCGUCCUCUGUGGGGCUGAUGCCCUGACCCCAGUCCAGACGGGUGCUGCUGGCUCAGCCAGCUUGAUACUGCUAGGAAAUGGCUCCCUGAUCUAUCAGGUGCAAGUGGUAGGUACAGGUAGCGAGGUGGUGGCCAUGACACUGGAGACCAAGCCUCAGCGGAAGAACCAGCGCACUGUCCUGUGCCACGUGGCUGGACCCCAGCUGGGAGGACACAUGGCUGUGGGUGUCUGCUCUGGCCUGGGUGCCCGAGGGGCUCAUAUGCUGCUGCAGAAUGAGCUGUUCCUGAAUAUUGGCACCAAGGACUUCCCAGAUGGAGAGCUCCGGGGGCAUGUGACUGCCCUAUCCUACAGUGGGCACAGUGCCCGCUAUGACAGAUUGCCUGUGCCUCUGGCGGGGGCUCUGGUGCUGCCCCCUGUGCGGAGUCAGGCAGCAGGUCAUGCCUGGCUCUCCCUGGAUACGCACUGCCACUUACACUAUGAGGUGCUACUGGCUGGACUUGGUGGUUCUGAGCAAGGCACUGUCACUGCCCACCUCCUCGGGCCUCCUGGGAUGCCAGGACCCCAGAGGCUGCUGAAGGGAUUCUAUGGCUCAGAGGCCCAAGGUGUGGUCAAAGACCUGGAGCCUGUGUUGCUGCGGCACCUGGCACAGGGCACGGCUUCCCUGUUGAUCACUACCAAGAGUAGCCCCAGAGGAGAACUACGUGGGCAGGUGCACAUUGCCAGUCAGUGUGAGGUGGGAGGUCUGCACCUGGCCUCAGAAGGAGUGCGGAUGUCAGUGGCUCCGAAUGGAGAGGCAGCUACAUUGCCUAUGCUGCCUGCUGGGCCUGGUCCUGAAGCCUCAGUGCCAGCCAAACAUGGCAGCUCCGGGAAGGCCCGAGACCCUAACACGUGCUUCUUCGAGGGGCAGCAGCGUCCCCAUGGAGCUCGCUGGUCACCCAACUAUGACCCACUCUGCUCACUCUGCACCUGCCAGAGACGAACAGUGAUCUGUGAUCCUAUAGUAUGCCCACCACCAAGCUGCCCCCACCCAGUGCAGGCGCUGGACCAGUGCUGUCCCGUGUGUCCAGAGAAGCAACGCAGCAGAGAUUUUCCUGGGCUACCAAACCUGGAACCAGGAGAGGGCUGCUAUUUUGAUGGUGACCGGAGCUGGAGGGCAGCGGGUACCCGGUGGCACCCUGUUGUGCCCCCCUUUGGCUUAAUCAAGUGUGCUGUGUGUACCUGCAAGGGGGCCACUGGAGAGGUGCAUUGUGAGAGGGUACAGUGUCCUCGAUUGGCCUGUGCUCAGCCUGUCCGUGCCAACCCCACUGACUGCUGCAAACAGUGCCCAGUAGGGUCAGGGGCCCAUGCCAAGCUGGGAGAUCCCAUGCAGGCUGAUGGGCCUCGGGGGUGUCGCUUUGCUGGGCAGUGGUUCCCAGAGAAUCAGAGCUGGCACCCAUCAGUGCCCCCCUUUGGGGAGAUGAGCUGUAUUACCUGCAGAUGUGGGGCCGGGGUACCUCAUUGUGAGCGAGAUGAUUGUUCCUUGCCACUGUCCUGCAGCUCAGGGAAGGAGAGUCGAUGCUGUUCUCACUGUACAGCCCAAAGGUCAGCCUCUGAGACUAGAACCCUUCCAGAGCUGGAGAAGGAAGCUGAGAGCUCCUAGGGAGCAUCCCGAAGGCCACAUGACCAAGAGGAUGGGCCUGAGCUGGGAGAAGGGGCGGUGCUGAGGACCUUGACUCUCCUGUGGAAAACCCAGUGCCUCGAGCACCUCUGCUCUGCUUCUUCUCCUCCCUACUACCUCUGGGAUCCACAACUCUACAAGGGCAAAGACUGCUGGGUCAGACCAAGGCCGUAGCCACGCUAGGUCCUGCCCUGUUACUCUUUUGGCCUCUGCUCCAGAAGCCUAACUCUUUUCUUCUGUACAUAAUGCCACUGGCUUAUUGGGAUUUUUAAUUUAUCCUCACUCAGCACCAAGGGUUCCCUCACACCAUUCCUGCUGCCCCCUGAGCUGAGCAGAGUCAUUAUUAGAGAUUUUUGUAUUUAUUAAAAGAUUUUUUCAGUCUU